AUGCCGGUGUCCACCCCAGCGGAGCUCGGCGGGGCCCAGGUCCUGGCCGGCAUCUCCAGCUGCAACGACAACAUCGCCCGUGACAAGGGCAGCGAACCCACCGCCCGGCCGGCCGCGGCUCGGCCGCCUCCGUCCCCCCGGGCAGAGCCGGGGCCGCGCUGCCAGGCCCGGCCGCCGCGGGGCGGGGGCACCCCGGCUCCGCGCUGCCGGCAGGGACCGGGGCGGCGCUGGCAGCUGCCGGUGGCCCGGCCGCACCUACCCCUGCCGCCUGACCCGGCUCCGGGGGGUGGGGAGCCCCGACACCGCCAGGCCCGCCAGAGCCUGUCCGGACACAGGGGCAGCCGCGGAGGGAGCCCGCCGCCACGGCGAGGGGCAGCGGGGAGCCCCCCGCGGGGUGACGGCGAGCACGGCUGGCUGAGGAGGCGCCCGGCGGGAAUGGGCUCCCUCCCGCCCCGGCCCCGGCGCCGCUCACCUCCUCCCGCCCGCCGGGAGGACCAGCACCGCCGCCUCUCCUCCUCACACUACGGCCCCGCAGUGGCGGGCGGGCGGGAAGGCGGCGCCUUUCCCGCCGCUGCGACCCGCCCUCUGCGGCCGCUCCACCACCGCCAGCACGGCGGCCGGGCGGGCAGCGGCGCGGCCCCGCGGGGGGUGACAGCACCGGGGUCGGCCGCGGGUGGGGAAAGAGAGGGGCGCUCGGCCCCGGAUCCUGGGCCCUGCGCUACGGUUACAAGCUUCUCGAGCGUGCUUAGUGCCCCCAGCGCCCCCAGACCCAGCGCCGGGUCCCGCCGACACAGCGCGAGGAUGUCGUCGGUCCCCAGGCGAGCUGACGGCCCGGAGGGCGAAACCCACCUCUCCUCCUGGGCCCUGCCCGGCCUCGGCGGCUCCGGCCCGCGUUGGUUCGUCAGCCGUGACCUUCCCCUGGCGGCAUUUCCUUUAGCUCCCCUGGAGAACGGUGCUGCCGGCCCGCAGCCGGUGCCGGCUGAGCAGGGCCGCAGGUGCACAGAAAACUUACUGCCUCAUUUUCCAAACUGCAUUUUCAGCUCUCAGAUGGUGAGGACUGGAUUGAUACUCCAUGGAAGUCAAUGGAAAGAAAAAAUGGAUCUGAGCGAUUUAGAAAAUUGA